UUGGAAGUAUUUUUGAAAUCAGGUAGAAGAAAUUCAGGGUCCGCCUCUCCCACACAGUCUGAGAAAACAGCAAGCGCUUGAUUGCAAGAGAAAAGAUGGCUGUGGGUUACUUUCUUCUCCUCCUAAUGUUUCAAGUCACAGCGGCCCAAGUGCUGCCUCCGACCAACGUGACACUGCAGUGCCAAAAUGUGAAGAACAUAUUGAAGUGGAGUUACGAACAACUUUCUCCAGAGCUUAAAUUCAAAGUGGUUAUCCGCUCAACGGGGGGGAGUUUCGAUGCAAGUCGUUCUCCGCUGUGGGUGGACUCACCAUCUCUAGAAGCCGAUGUGUCGUUUCUCUCCGAUCCAAAUGACGAAUACUUUCUCACUGUAUCUGCUGUGAUUGGAGAGAAUACGUCUGAGUCCGUCCCUACUGACGGAAUCACUUUCAGCUAUUUCAAGGACGCUCUAGUAGCAAAGCAGAAAUGUUCUUUGGACCUCCCACCUGUAAAUGUCACUGUUGAAUCGGAGGACAAAGUCGUGCUCCGCUUCCUUCAUCCUUGGCUGUUUUAUGAGCAGAACUUGGGUGCCAUUUCAACACCAAAGCCUCUGAUGAAGAAGAAGAAGAAAAGGCAUGACACAGACAUCUCUGAAGAUCUGCCUGAAUUUAAGUACACAGUGAUGGUCAACGAACAGGAACAUGGAUACAGUUGUUGGGACAGCAUAUGCAUGGACACGAUUCCAGUGGAUGCUACACAGGAGAAACACUGUCUGAAGAUCAAGGGAGAGGUGGAGAAAAUGCAUGUUCAAGGGACACAGGAGUACUGCGCCAGACCAUUUGAAGCAGCUGUUAAUAAAAAUCUGGGGAAAACCCUGUAUAUUGGGCUCGGCAUAUUGAUCUUGACUGCAUUUGCUUUCAUCCUCUUCCUCGUGUACCGAAAAAAGACCAUGUCCACAACUCCUUUACCGCCCUCUAUGAAAAUCAUGGGGUCAGUGAGGCAGUGGACUAUGGGAAAUGUUCAAGAGCAAGUGGUUGUGCCACAAGUGGAGCCUUCCUCACCCACACCUCUACUGCAAGAAAAAGAAGUGGAUGAAUUGCCACCUGCUAGCACUCCCUUCAACGAAUAUGACCUCCGGAUGCCCAUCGGGGUGUCGACCGAGAAUGAGCGUGAAGAAGUGUGUGAUGUCACAGUUGCAGAGAAAGAGAAGGAUGAUUACAUGCCGGGGGCCAACUUGGAUGAAGAUGAGGAGUCUAACUCGUUUGAAGCCCACUCUAGCUACGAGAAACGCCAAGUUGUUGUCGAGAUAGCGCCAGGGGAAAAAGCUGAAGGCUACCGUGGUUGAUCUGCAACCUCUACGCACUGUGGCGAAUUGAAUGUUUGAUCACCGGCUUGUUACAUUGGCAAAAAUGAGGCUCCAUCCCAUGAUCACUGCCAUCACCUGACAUUAAAACCCAAAACUAAAAAAUUGAACCUCAACAGCAACUUGCAAGGGAGUUGUGGUUACAGGUUUCGAGCGAUUCAAUUUGUGAUAUUUCCUUGUCAGUUCCAGAAAUUGCCAAGAAAAAGGAUAAUCAGGAACUUUCCCUUGCUAGCACACCUUGACAUCAAGUUACAUAUUUCAACCUUAAUAUGUUAAAACUCCACAACAAGUGGCUUUUGUGAGGUAGAGCAGCCGAAACUACAGUUACACCAGUUGAUUGUCCUUACAGUUGUAAGAUAAAAUAGAUCAUUAAUGCGUAUUUGCCAAAUCAGGGCAGAUAAAAAGGAGAUAGUUUGAUCAGGAGAGUAGUGAAGUUGUCCAUCUAUCAAUUACUGAAAUUGUGGAUAUUUGUGUUUCAACACUCACAGCCUACGAUCAUUUAUUGGACUGAAGGCAGAGACCAAGCUGCUGUUUGCGUGCCACACAGUGCAAGUACAUGAGAAAGCACUUCAUUAAUUCAAUCAUCAAUAAUUCAUAUUAAUAUGUGAUUGAUUAAAUUGUGUUACAUUCAGGUGGCAGAAGCUUCCAGCAAAUAGUAAGUGUUUAGUGCAUGUACAUAUACUUAUAGUCUUUUUUUUUUCGUCAUUGUCACUGAACAAGUGAGACAUCAGUGUUACUACCAAGUUAAGUUCCACCAUGGGGUGUUGAGGUAAUUAUUGAUUAGAAAAUGAGAAAUUAUUGGCAUGAAUGGAAACUGCCCGACAUGAUUUCAUUACAAGUUGUUUCUUCUGUUGCAUUUCUCUCUACUGUGACAUUGUUAAAAAAUAUUUCUUUUUCCAUCAACUAACUUUUCUUCUUUUGGAUAAAUUGACACUAGAAAAAUGUUUUCUGCCCCCACCCCUGCAUGCCAGAAUUGGAGAAAGAAAGAAAAUGUUGCACUUAGUUAGAAAAUUACCAUUUCUUAAUACUACUUUUAAGUUGUCCUGUGCCACAGUGACAGAGAGUGACUUAUUAAUUAUGUGCCAUUAUAAAGAGAAAAGCUUUACCUUUUACUGCAUACUGAUGCAGUGUUUACAGCAUCUUUGCCAUCAAACCCAUCAGUUAAAUGAAUUUAUGGUCAUCAGAACAUAUAAAUUGCAGCCUCUCCAGAAGGAGAGCUGUAGAUGAGAACAGUGGAGUGAUAGAGGAGUAACGGGGAGGUUAGUUAAAAUAACCAGAGAGGUCACUGGAAAAAACCUGAGCGGCAGGGAGAUUUGAAUAACUGAGGCUCUUGAAAAGUCUUUAAACAGAUAUGCAAGGCUUCACCACAACAAAACCUUCAAAAGGACUCAAAGGCAAAGCAAUGCAGCUUUAUUUAUAGAGCACGUUUCAUACACAGAGGCAGAUUCACAAUGUAUUAAGACUAAAAGCUGCUUGUCCUUGUUUAGGUUUUGCUCUGGGCACCACUAGCAGCCCACUCACUAGUUAUCUAAGAGGUCUCGUCUGGCUAUAUUGCUCAAGCAUAUCAGUCAUAUAUUCAAAGCCAACUCCAUGUAGAGAUUUAUUAAUGGGUAAUAUAAUCAAUUCUGUGGCUUACUUGUAACCAGUGUAGAGAUUUAAGUGUCUGAUGGCCUUUUUAGGAAGUCCUGUCAGAAGUUCAUUGUUGUGAUAAAUCAGUUUUUCCAGAUCUUGUUUUGUUAUAAGGUUCCUUACUGUGGCUUUGUUUUUAAGGUGAUAAAAUGUUGAAUUUGUGAUAUCUUUUCCAUGACUGUUCAAACUGUUAAAAGGGACAUGUGCUUCUUCUCCUGUAAUGCAUAUUAUAAAUACUAACCAAUAAUGACAUUUACAUACUGUAUCUUUAACAUCUGUCAACCAAACACAAGCAUUACAUUCAUUAUGAUAUUCACCAGUUACUGAGCUUAGUGGUUAAUAUACUGUAUUCACUGCAGAAUAGUUUGUUAUAUGAACACUGCUCACGUCCUCUUGCUUAUUUGCACGACUGUUUUCCCUGUGAUUCCGAUGCUUCAAUUUCUGAUUAGGGUUGUAGCACCUUAAAGGACCAGUAUGUAGGAUUAAGUGGUAUCUAGCGGCGGGGUUGCAGAUUAAAACCGACUGACCCCCCCCCACCACCCUCCCCUUCCAAGCGUGUAGGAGAACCUACGCUGGCCAUGAAACUGGGGUAAUGUGAAAGGUCCUCUCUAGAGCCAGUGUUUAGUUUGUCCAUUCUGGGCUACUGUAGAAACAUGGCAGUGCAACAUGGCAGCCUCUGUGGAAGGGGACCCGCUCCCUAUGUAGAUAUAAAGGGCUCAUUCAAAGGCAAUGAGAGCACAGUGGUUCUUAUUUUCAGGUGAUUAAGCACUAAUUAAAACAUACUUAUGAACAUUAUAUUAAAAUCUUGGCAAGUCCAUUCCGCUAGAUGCCACUAAAUUCUACACACUGCGCCUUUAAGGUUGCAGUGAAACAAGUUAGAGCGUCUUUAACUUGUGUACUGUGACAUAUUCUGAAUGAAAAGGAAUAGAUGUGUAUAUGGUAAUUUGAUUUAAGUCUUUUAGAUUUGAUUGAAUCCCUUAAAAAGUGAGUGUGGUACUGAGCUGUAGAGGACUGUUUGGCAUCGGUAGGCGGAGGAUGCAGAAGAAUUGAUAAAAUUAGACCUCAAACACAUUCUCUGGAAACGGAAACAAACUUUAAAUCACAUUUAAUUGGAGAAAUGUAGUUCAGGAUGAGUUUUGAAUGUUUUACUGUAUGACCUGUAUUACGAGAUAACUGAGUAAUUAACACAGGGAGUUAAUUACUCAGUUAGAGGUUGAAAAUUGUAUUUUUUUUAAAAAAUAAAUGUGUCUUUAAAUGCAGCUGAGAACUAUAAUUAAAAUUUUCCUGCGGCUAACUUGCACUGACGUGUUGUUGUAACAUGUGCCUUACCUCUUUGCUUCACAAUUUUUAUGUGUGUUCAACACAUAUUGUUCAUGUUUCGAUGUUUGUUUUUGUGUUGUUAGUAACUUUUUGUGUUAAAACAGAAAAUGUAUAUAAGUUGACUUUUUUAUGUGAUUUAUUAUGAUCAAUCUACCAGGUAUAUCUGUUCACAUUUCCAUGCACACACUGCUAAAUGUAUGAAAACAUCUGUUUUUUGUUGUUGUUUUUUUUUAAAUGGUGCUGAUUCUGUAACAGGGAAAUGAUGCCUUGGUUUGACUUACUUCAAAGAGGGGUAGGCAGCUGAAACUACCUUUAGUGUGUGGAAAUGUCUAAUGUGUUGUUUAGUCCAGUUAAUGUGUAGACAAGCAGGUAAUCAUUUAAUGUCUACUGCCUGAUUCUCUAGUUACUGCAGCCUAACUGUUCAUUGUCCUGUUUCAACACCUAUCUGUGCAUCUGUCCAUAUAAGGUUUCCUGCCCUGUCUCCAUAUCACUGGGGAUUUUUUGCAUUUCAAUAAAAGUCUGUUUAUGUCCAAGGAUAUAAAAACGA